AUGGCUGCAGUAAAACUACUUAAUUUGUUUGCCCUCGUCUCUUUCGCUCUCGUCGCUCUUUCUGCUGGCCCCAUCUCUGUCAACGCUCUGGCCGUGGGCGAGGGCCCUCAUGUGGCCCGUCACGUCCCCGGUCACGACGCCGUUGCCAAGAAGAGACGCGACACCAGCCCCACCUCUACCGGCCGUUGCAAGCCAAGGGCUACCUCCUCCAUGCCCACUUCCACCCCUAACCCAACUCCUGCUGCGACCCCCGCAGACUUGGGUGUGUCGACUACAUCGACCACCCCUGCCCCUGUCGCCACGACGACAUCCAGCUCCGGCUCUCCAGCUCCUUCUUCCACUCCUAGCAGCGGCAACAGCACUAGUUCUAGUGGUAAGAAGUGGGGUCUUGCUUGGCCUAAUGGGGACGCCAGUUACUUGUCCAACUUUGCUCUUCCUAACGUUGGCUUUCUCUACACUUGGAGCCCUUACCUCCCCUCGGGCCUUUCCGAGUUGGGCAUCGAGGGCAUCCCAAUGCUCUGGGGCUAUGACCAGGUCUCCGAUUUCCAGAACUUGGUUGUCGAGGGAUAUGCCAACUACGUCCUCGGCAUGAACGAGCCCAACGAACCCAGCCAAUCUAACAUGAGCCCUACGGAUGGCGCUAGCCUUUGGCAACAAUACAUCGACCCCCUCCAGUACAAGGGCUACAAGCUGAUCUCGCCCGCAUGUACCAAUGACCAAGCUGGUCUUGACUGGUACCAGCAGUUCUUCGCUGCCUGCAGUGGUUGCCACUUCGAUGCGAUCGCGUUCCACGCCUACACAACCGAUGCCCAAUCCAUCAUCGACUACGCCACUACGCUAUACAACACUUACAACUUACCCGUCUGGAUUACUGAAUUUGCUGACCAAAACUACAGUGGAACCGGCGGUCAAGCUAGCAUGGACGAAGUCUGGUCCUUCGCGUCUACCAUUACUAACUUCGUCGCCAACACUGACUGGCUCGAGGUCGCUUUCCCCUUCGGCGUUAUGUAUGACCUCCAGGGCGUCAACACUGACAACUCCCUUCUUGCCAGUAAUGGCUACCCUACUUCCUUGGGUUACACUUACUUUGGUUAA